GCUCUCCACAACUUUGGGUAGUAUCAUGGCAGGCAGCGGGGCGGCGAGCUUCGGCCGCCGGCAUGCCGCCGCGCCGCCGGUUCGCUGCGGGCUGUGAGGGGGGGUGUCCCCCUCCCCGCCCCCGCGGGGGGUGCCGCGGCCGCCCGGCCCGGCAGCGCCGCCGCCUUCCCGCCUUCUUCUUCUUCUUCUUCUUCCCGCCUCUCGCCCGCCAUGGCCGCCCGCCGAGCCGAGCGGCGCGGCAGUGCCGGGGUCUCGCCGCUGCCUGCCAGCGCCCCGUGAGGGGGGACAAGCAGCGGGGCGGUGUGUCCCUGCGCUCAGUCCUGCCCGCCCCCCCCCCCCCCCCCCACCCGCCUCCUCCUCCUCCUCCUCCUCCCCGGAGCCGGAGAUGUGCGAGACCCACGCGAGGGGAGUCGCCUCCUAGACCGGCAGCCAGGAUGGUGCACCUGCAGCCCCUGCCCCUCGUCGUGGUCCAGGGCGUCCUCCAGCUCGUAUUUUGUGAUGCUAAUCAAGUCGUACAAGCCACCGACGUGCUGGACUGGGAAGACAAGGAUGCUGCAGAGACACUGGUUGACAACGUGGUCCAUUCCAGGAUCAUCAAUCCUUUACGCCUGUUUGUUAAGCCAUCUCCAGUACUGAAACACGGCCAGGUGUCCUACUCGGACAGCAUAGAAAACUUUUGGGAUUGGUUGUCCAACAUCACGGAGGUUCAGGAAUCUCUCGCACGAACUAAACGCAGACCUAUAGUAAAAACUGGGAAAUUCAAGAAAAUGUUUGGAUGGGGCGACUUCCACUCUAACAUCAAAACUGUUAAGCUGAACCUCCUGAUCACAGGGAAAAUCGUCGAUCACGGCAACGGGACCUUCAGCGUUUAUUUCCGACAUAACUCCACAGGUCUGGGAAACGUUUCUGUAAGCCUGGUGCCACCGUCCAAGGUGGUUGAGUUUGAAUCAUCUCCACAGUCAACACUGGAGACCAAGGAGUCCAAGUCCUUCAACUGCCGAAUUGAGUACGAGAAAACAGACCGCGCUAAAAAAACUGCCUUGUGCAAUUUCGACCCCUCGAAGAUCUGCUAUCAAGAGCAGACCCAAAGCCAUGUGUCCUGGUUGUGCUCCAAACCAUUUAAAGUUAUCUGCAUUUACAUUGCUUUCUACAGCGUAGAUUACAAACUGGUGCAGAAGGUCUGUCCUGAUUACAACUACCACAGCGAGACUCCCUACUUGUCCUCCGGCUGAUACAAUCGUGGGUAACUGUAGAGAUACAGCAUCAGUCAUAAAAAUAAGCAUUUCCAUUAACCUUUUGGAGAAGAAUAUGUUUUCCUAUCAGGUUAAAAAGUCUUUAAGAACUGUAGCUGUGUUUGUGCUGUAUCGUAAAUAAUCAAACUGUUUACGUAACGAUCAUUUUCAUUUGAGACCACUGCAUUUUAGCUCUCUCCCCACUCAUGAGGGAACUACCUGGCAGACCCUUGACAAAAAUCAAACUAAAUUAUGUCUGUAAUGAACAACGAUCUUGAAAAUCAGUUUUUUAAACUAGCCUCAAUGGCAGAGAGAUUGUCUUUUACUUGAAUUGGAACAGCACUUAGCACGGUCCUAUUUCUCAUUGGGAACUUUAGAUGACAGUAUAAAGAACAAAUGAUGAGGCAGACUCCCAGCUGCUUAUAUACAAAAUCGAAGUAAACAACUCUCCCACUAAUUUCGGAAAGAAUGUUACACAAACUGGGCUCAAGGCAUCAAGUCCAAAUACUAAGAGAAAGUGUUAUUUCUAGGACAAAAAAAAAAAAAAAAGGAAUCUACAUUUCUAUUGAGUUGCAGUAGCUGUACUCACUCAUUGAAGAGUUCUUCCUUCAGACUUCUUACCUGUGGGUAUGCAAUGAUGUAAUUAGACACUGAUGAGCUUUAGUUUAUUAGACCCACCAGGUGUGCAGGUUUGGUGUACAUUUGUUCCUUCCGUGGCCACCGUUGGUUUUGAUUCUUCUCAAAUAUUUACACAUACACCAGUACUAGUUUUACAGCGAUAGAGAAUAUCCACGCCUUGGAAAAAGAUUAUCUCUGUUUAAGUCUGAAAAUGGUGACAGGGGCUGGCUUUCACCUAAAGGAAGAGAUUAUUUUGCUCUCUAGCCCUCUUAGCACCGUAUUGCAGCAAAGAAGCAGCAUCACAGCACGAGGACGAUACCUGAACGAGCUUCCUGCUUCACGGCCCCCGCUCGUCUUCCUUAGUGGUGCAGUGCAUACCUUAAGUCGAAAUAUAAGCAAUGACAAACAGAACAACAACAA